UUUGAGUAUUCGGUCUUUGUAGAUCACCACAGUGCUUCUCAUUUACAUAAGCCUUACAUUUGUGACAGCGCCCAAAAAAAGGCUAAAUCUGUAAAUUAGAGAACGCCUGGCACCCGGCAAAGGUGCUCCGAUUCAAAUAUGCCACACGCUCUGCUAUCGCAUUGCGGGUCUUUUUUCUUCGGCGGCGUCGGCGGCGCAUUUGCUCGGGUAUAAAAGAUUCGGCGCGUGUCCAGAGCGACUUUAGUUGCGCUCAAGCGGUAACCGCAGUAGUCAAGGGUGCAGUGAGAGUUCCGUAGAGAAAAAGAAAAAAUAGUGCAUAAACUGGAGUGAAGACAAAAGAUCAAGUCCAAUUAGAAGUAACCCCAGAUAAGCUAAACAUGGGCGUUAAUCUACUCCAAAAACUGUUCUUCUUGUUGCCUCUCGCCUAUCAAAGUCCAUCAAAUGAUGGUACCUCCCAAAACACAGAUUGGAAUUUCGAUCAAAACGGCGCUGACUGGCAAGGAAUUUGCGCCACCGGCUUUCGUCAAUCGCCUAUGAAGCUCUCUGUCGAUAGUUCACUCAUUGUGCCGCUGCCACGAAUAUAUUUUGGCAACUAUGACGUUCCGCUGAAGAGACCACUGACAUUGGUCAACAAAGGAUACACAGCUGAUAUGACGAUACCAGAGACGCGAAAUGGCCAGAAGCCUUUCAUCACAGGAGGCCUGCUCAAGGGGCGAUAUGUAGCCGAGGGGGUGCAUUUCCAUUGGGGCUCGCCUGUGACCCGUGGAUCUGAGCAUGUGAUCGACCGAAGGCGAUUCGAUGUCGAAAUGCACAUUGUGCAUCGCAGCACGCGCUACGAAGAUCUUACGGAAGCCCUCAAUCAUAUCGACGGCGUUGCUGUGCUGGGCGUCAUGUUCAAGAUAGUCAGAAACCCGCAUCGCGCGUAUCCAGGUCUGAGGAAGAUCUUCAAUGCUGUCCCAGACAUAGUCGAAUAUGGAGCUGAGAUGGAUCUGCCUGGCUCCCUGACCCUCGGUCAGUUGCUGGGUGACUUGAAUACGCGUGACUUUUUCACCUACAAGGGGUCAUUGACCACACCUGAGUGCAACGAGGCUGUCACUUGGACAGUGUUUGCUGAUCCUCUGCCCAUAUCCCUGGCAGAUAUAUCCAAAUUGUGGAUACUCCAGGACUCGAAUGGAAACCUAAUACGAAAUAACUAUCGUGAGCUUCAACCACGCAACAAUCGUCCGGUUUUCUAUCGCACAAAUAAGGACCUCAGUAAUUUUUACCUUGGAUAACAUAAAGCCUACCAUAAUAUUUAUUUAAAUUAAUUAUUUAUUGUCUCUUAUAAAGAAAGAUAUUUCUAAUAGUAUACGAUCAGCAAAGACAUGCUGAAGAUGAACAAAUUUCAA